AUGUCAAGCUUAAUGUUCGGAGGGAAAGGCCAGCAGAUAAUCAACACGCCAUGCACUUCCUCCAUGAUCUCUACUUUCACUCCAUGUCUCAACUUCAUCACCGGAAGCAGCGGCGGCUCCAUCACUCCCACCGCCGAUUGCUGCGACUCCUUGAAGGCAUUGACCAACACCGGCAUGCAAUGUGCUUGCCUCAUCCUCACCGCUAACGUCCCGCUGCCUACUAGCUUCAUCAAUCGAACUCUCGCGCUUGGUCUCCCUCGUGCCUGUAAAAUGAGUGGUGUUCCGGUUCAGUGUCAAGCGGCGGGGACUCCUCUACCAGCGCCAGGUCCGGUUCCGUUCUUGCUGGCUCCACCACCGCCUACGUCUGCUUUUAGCCCCGGAGGGUCUAAGGCGGCGGCGAUGGCACCGGCACCAGCACCGGAUUCUCCCGAGGAUGGAGCGAUGGUCCCCACAGCCACACCAGGAAUUCGACCGGUGGUUCAGUCCUCGCAACCCACCAGCCUCGCUCAAUAUUCUUCCACGUCUCCAUAUCUUGGCUUGCUUUCCUUUCUCUUCACGCUACUCACUUUGUUGACUUUGUAA